AUGGCUAAAACAAUACAUUUUUGUGAAACUGAACCAAACGAUAAUUUAGUAGAAACUGCUCGUAACAAUUUACUAGACAAUCUAUCAAUUUGCGACUUGGAAAAACUUGAAAAGAUUUUCAAAAGCAAACGUCCAGGUUUGUACAGAGACGAGUUUUACCAAGCAAUUCAAUCGUUUUAUAAUAAGGAAAAACUUGAAAACUUGCAAACAAAUCGACUUUUUGAGGAAAUAACUGAAAAUAAAAAAGAAACAAUCACUUGGAACGAUUUGCUCGAUUAUCUAAUAAAAAACAUCUAUCCGGAAAUCAGGAAUCGAUUAAGCUUGAGAGUGAGCUCAAUCGAAACAGUGGCACAUACCAAAAAUGAAUCCGUAGCGAAAAUAGUUCUAAUAGAAACUGAACAAUAUUUUUGUUACGCCAUUAUCUUGAAACAUGGCAGAGUGGGUUUGUACGAUGGAAAUUUAAAUUUUUUAACAUCGUACCAUGCCAUAAUGACCAGGGAAGAUUUGACACGGCCUGAAGAUGAACGUAGAAGAAGAAAUAGAUGGGUAACAGAUGCAAUUUUUUGUCCAGACACUCUAAUGUUUAUAAUCACAAACACAGCAAGAAGCAUAGUAAUAUAUGAAGCAUCAGGCUUGGAGCAUGUUGCUUAUUGGCUGAUUUUAAGCACUCCCAAUAUCCUAGAGUGUUUAUCUUACAAAUCUUUUACCAAGCUGGACCUGACAAAUUACAGCCACAGCGUUUUAUUUUCUGGAGACUGUAACGGUGAAGUAAUGAGUUUUACAUUUUUGCAACCCAAAAAUGGCCUUUUGAGGAGGAAAAGGAACGAUGAUAUUACAUUGUUUUAUUGGAGGGAUUUCAUCAAAGAAAAUGAGUUUGUUAAAGUGAAAAAUUAUGGUCGAAUUCAUGGAGAUUCAAUAAAGCAUAUUAAGUAUUUUGAUGAAGUUAAUCUUUUGCUUACUUGCAGUAAAGAUCAAAAUGCUUCAGUUGUUAUUAAAGAUGGCAGUAAUAAGAAAAAAACUGUUUUUUAUAAAGUUACAGAGGGUGUAAGUUGUUUUGCACUUAGCACUUCAUCCAAGAUACUCAUUACAGGCAGCAACAAUGGGCUAAUAAGGCUUUGGAACACUUUUCUAGCAAAACCAAUAGCAUUGUUUUCUGAAUACCAACAAGAAGUUAUUGAUAUUCAAAUCAUGGAAAGUCAGGAUUUAUUUUUCAGUUGCUCAAAUGAUGCGAUUUUCAAAUUAUGGGACCUUAAAGAACACACAUGUCUCCAGACAAUAAAACUGAAAUUUCCCUCUUUCCGUAUUCAUGGAAAACUAAUCGAAUGGGGUAUAAAUUGCAUGUAUCCAGGACCUAGACGAAAAAACCCCGACGAAUCCAGCAAACUGGAAAUUAAAAAGGAAUGUUUCGGCAUUAGCGACAUUAACGAAAUGAAACUGGAAUUCGAUGACAAAGCCAGUAGAAAUGCAAAUUUGUGGGAUCGCUCUUGCAUUUUGGUUACUUGCUGCAACUACAUUGCAAAAUUACGGACAAAUUUUACUGAGGCGUCAAUUGAAUAUGGAUUUAGUUUUCCUAUUUUGCCACCGCCGCCUUUGCAAAAUUCCGUUUUGAUUCCUUCCAAUUGGGGAUUACAAAGUGAUGGAUUUGAUUUGAAUAAAUUUGAACAAAAACAUGAUCCUUGUACUGAGAAACGAUUGCGCGAAUUAGAUUUUAUUUUAAAUAAAGAUAUUUUGGAGGAAAUUGGUACACGCAGCGAUAUAAAUUAUAAAAUUGCAAUUUUAGAAUCCAAAAAGGAAAAGAUGCGUUCAAAAGUUGCUUUGGGUUCUCCAUACCUCGCCCUAGAUCUGCACGAAAUUCCACCCUUGAGGCUCUCAGAAGACUUACCAAAAAACAAAAAAUACCACCAAAAAAUCAAAUUAUUACUUGACGAAGCCACUCACAAAGACUCAGUGUUUUCAAGUCCUGAGUCAUCUUCGAGCCGAUCAAAAUCUAGCAAAAGUAGCACUGUGGAACUGCCUUAUUAGUUUAUUUUAUAAACAAGAUACAAUAUAUUUGAUGAUUAUAAUGAAAAUUACAGGAAAAUAUAUUAAAAAUGACAAUCUGUCUAUGGCUAUGGCUAAAAGUGUCCAGUAUUGUUGGUCCUUAUUAUUAUCUUCUUGUCUUGAUAAGUUAGUACAUGAGAGGGAUAUAUCUAAAUCACCAUAAUCUUCUGGUCUCUAAAAUUAUUAUUAAUGUAAACUUAUAAUAAUAGGCCGAUAUUUUACUUACCACAAAAUUUGGUAGCCACAAUCCAAUUUUAACAUAUUUAUUAGUAAGAAUUUUGCAUAUAAAAUGAUGUAGAGGCU